AUGUCAAACGGUGCGACUAAUCCUGAGCAGUGCUGUUCACUAGGCGACAUGAAUGAUGUAGAGAAAGUUUUCAGAAAGUUCGACGCCAAUGGCGACGGAAAAAUCUCACUGACCGAGCUCGGCGCAAUACUCGAUGCCCUGGGCUCCAAGACGUCACCAGACGAGCUCCAACGCACAAUGACCGAGAUUGACACCGACGGUGACGGCUUCAUUGACCUGAAAGAAUUCACCGAGUUCCACAGUGCGGGAUCGGAUUCGGACGGUAACAACAAGGAGCUUCGCGACGCUUUUGACUUGUAUGAUAAGGACAAGAACGGCUUCAUCUCCGUGACUGAGUUGCAUUCGGUGUUGAAGAGCUUGGGCGAGCACUGCUCGUUGAAUGAUUGCCGGAAGAUGAUCAGCUCCGUUGACGUUGAUGGUGACGGUAGCGUCAAUUUCGAGGAGUUUAAGAAGAUGAUGAACAGGUCUUAA